AUGAAUGACCAUGUGAUGGACGAACAUGUGAUGGACGGCCAUGUGAUGAACGCCCAUGUGAUGGAUGACCAUGUGAUGGAUGACCAUGUGAUAGAUGACCAUGUGAUGGACGAACAUGUGAUGAAUGACCAUGUGAUGAACUCCCAUGUGAUGGAUGACCAUGUGAUGGACGACCAUGAUGACCAUGUGAUGGAUGACCAUGUGAUGGACGACCAUGUGAUGAAUGACCAUGUGAUGAACUCCCAUGUGAUGGAUGACCAUGUGAUGGACGACCAUGAUGACCAUGUGAUGGAUGACCAUGUGAUGGAUGACCAUGUGAUGGAUGACCAUGUGAUGGACGACCAUGUGAUGAAUGACCAUGUGAUGAACUCCCAUGUGAUGGAUGACCAUGUGAUGGACGACCAUGAUGACCAUGUGAUGGAUGACCAUGUGAUAGAUGACCAUGUGAUGGACGAACAUGUGAUGAAUGACCAUGUGAUGAACUCCCAUGUGAUGGAUGACCAUGUGAUGGACGACCAUGAUGACCAUGUGAUGGAUGACCAUGUGAUAGAUGACCAUGUGAUGGACGAACAUGUGAUGAAUGACCAUGUGAUGAACUCCCAUGUGAUGGAUGACCAUGUGAUGGACGACCAUGAUGACCAUGUGAUGAAUGACCAUGUGAUGGUCGACCAUGUGAUGAAUGACCAUGUGAUGGACGACCAUGUGAUGAAUGACCAUGUGAUGAACUCCCAUGUGAUGAACGACCAUGUGAUGGACGACCAUAAUGACCAUGUGAUGGACGAACAUGUGAUGGACGGCCAUGUGAUGACACUGGAUGACCAUGUGAUGAAGGAUGACCAUGUGAUGGAUGACCAUGUGAUGGACGAACAUGUGAUGAAUGACCAUGUGAUGAACUCCCAUGUGAUGGAUGACCAUGUGAUGGACGACCAUGAUGACCAUGUGAUGGAUGACCAUGUGAUGGAUGACCAUGUGAUAGAUGACCAUGUGAUGGAAGAACAUGUGAUGAAUGACCAUGUGAUGAACUCCCAUGUGAUGGAUGACCAUGUGAUGGACGACCAUAAUGACCAUGUGAUGGACGAACAUGUGAUGGAUGGCCAUGUGAUGAACUCCCAUGUGAAGGAUGACCAUGUGAUAGAUGACCAUGUGAUGGACGAACAUGUGAUGAAUGACCAUGUGAUGAACUCCCAUGUGAUGGAUGACCAUGUGAUGAACGACCAUGUGAUGGAUGACCAUGUGAUGGACGACCAUAGGAGGCUUAUUGGAAAACACGGUGUAUCAGCUUGA